AAAUUUACAAAUGCAUUAUCUGAAAUAGUAGAGUUGAUUUAGUUUAAAAAGAGAAACUUGAUCUUUGUAUUUUCUUGUAUGAGGGUUGCAGCCCAGAGGAAACCUUAUGGGGUCUUCAUUAAGUUGUUGCAGUGAUGAGAAAGUCGAAGAAGGGAUUUCAUCACCAGUGGAUGGUCCCUGGAGAAUUUUUACCUACAAAGAGUUGAAUGUGGCAACUAAUGGAUUUAGUGAGGAGCACAAACUUGGAGAGGGAGGAUUCGGAAGCGUUUACUGGGGAAAAACCUCUGAUGGACUUCAGAUAGCUGUAAAGAAGUUGAAAUCUAUGAAUUCAAAAGCAGAGAUGGAAUUCGCUGUGGAGGUUGAAGUUUUAGGAAGGGUACGACACAAGAAUUUAUUGGGGCUUAGGGGCUACUGUGCGGAUGCUGACCAGCGCCUAAUUGUGUAUGAUUACAUGCCCAACCUCAGUUUGUUAUCUCAUCUACACGGCCAGUUUGCCACUGAUGUUCAGUUAGAUUGGAAGAAAAGAAUGAAGAUUGCUAUUGGUUCUGCUGAAGGUUUGGUGUAUUUGCACCAUGAAGUGUCACCCCACAUCAUCCACAGAGAUGUAAAGGCUAGUAAUGUGUUACUUGAUUCAAAUUUCGAGCCACUAGUUGCUGAUUUUGGAUUCGCCAAGCUUAUUCCAGAUGGUGUUAGCCACAUGACCACUCGAGUCAAGGGAACAUUAGGAUACCUUGCACCAGAAUAUGCAAUGUGGGGAAAGGUUUCUGAGAGUUGUGAUGUGUAUAGUUUUGGGAUCCUACUACUAGAGAUCUUCACUGGAAGAAAGCCAAUUGAGAAGCUCCCUGGUGGUGUCAAAAGGACAAUAACUGAAUGGGCGGAGCCACUGAUCACAAAAGGAAAAUUCAAAGAUAUUGUUGAUCCAAAACUUCGUGGGAAUUUUGAUGAAAAUCAGCUAAAACAAUGCAUCAAUGCUGCAGCCUUGUGUGUACAGAGUGAACCGGAUAACAGGCCUACAAUGAAAGAAGUGGCUGAGUUGCUCAAAGGAUAUCAAGGUAAAGGAGGUGGAAUGGCUACAACAAAGAUGAGGCUUAAUAGUGUCAAGUACAAGGAAGAACUUAUGGCACUUGAUGAUCAAAGUAGUGAUGAGGAUGGUGGUUAUGAUGAGAGCCGAAGUGCUUAUGGCGUCUUUGGCGCCAUGGAGGUGCAGAGGAUGCAAGAUCCGUAUAGGCGACCUUAUGGUGAUCGCAGAUAAAAAAUUGGUCUAGGGACUGAAGAUGAGAAGCUGGAAAUUACAUUACACAUGAUUUAAUUCAUGCAGGAAAACUAUGAGCAUACUGCUACCUACUAAACUAGUUACUUUUCGCUAUUUUUACAUAUAUUGUUACUAUAUAUUGAAGUUCAUCAUGUUUUUAAGAACAUGCAA